AUGAUUUGGCGCCUUGACCCGCGUACGUGGUCAUUGCGUCUGUCAAGGGCGACGGUGUUGCGGUCGUGUUCGGUUGGCGGUCGCUGUCACCCCGGACCCGGAUUCGGUUUGGGUUUUGGGUACAGAAAACAACAAUUGAAACGCCAUCGCCAGUCGUUUCGACCGUUGACCACGAGCCUCGCUCGGGCGAUGAGCUUCGGCUUCCGUCAGUGUCAUCCCUCUCGUUCCCUCGCACUUACUGUCGACGUCCUCACCGUUGAAAAUGAGCUUUCGAUUCUGCGGCGCCAGAUCGUAGGUCGAUAUUUUUUGGUGUUGUGCACGUCCGGAUGA